UGUAUAAAUGGGCUGUCUAAAUUUCAACGCAAAUGAGUCUCCUUCAUUUCAUCUCUCUGGGAGGUUAAACGAGGAAGGCAAGAUGAAUCUGGAUUACCACAGGAAUCGGGCUACACAUCCAGUACAAAGUGAGCUUAAUUUUACCAAGAAAAAGAGGAAUGGAACUGAAAAUGAAGCAAAAUAGGUACAAAAGAAUUAUGAAAAGAGUCAAACAUGAGAGGAAUGGCUCUGAAUCAAGCUAUAGUGAUCUACAAUCUGAGUAUAAAUCAAUCUAUUCUCAUAAUGAUGACCGAUUAUCUCUUGUACGGGAAAAUAGUCAUCUACAAAAGAUCCCCAGGGAUCAUGGCGAUAAUGACGAGAUCAUCGUCCAUGAACCUCAUUUCGGAGCUGAGCUGCCUAAAAGGCAAAUUGUUCCUAAAAGUAAGAGCUAAGCGGUAUCUAACUUUAUCUAAU